AUGCCUCCUGCGGGCAAUAGCAAUGAAACGGUCAUAGCAGAAAUGUGUGCAGUGGUGGGUAAUGCUAUUGAUAUUCGAAAGGAGUUGUCAUUGAAGGAAAUACUUGACGGUAUUCUCAGAGAAGAUUACCCGCAGCACUACGAAUUCAUCAAUACAAUCAGAUCUGUGGUUGCGGAUUCACCAGUGCCAUUAGGUCCCUGCGGUAACCACCUCGUGAACGCUGUUACGAGUCGUGAUAUAUCCGCCACCAUAAAGACCUGGGACGAGUAUGCGAGGGAUCCAACGUUGUUCCUCAGAACAUUGGGUGAAUAUCAACGGACUGUGCUGUCGGUCAAAACGACAGAAUCAUUAAUGGAGUCGUACGAGGCCAAACAAAAUUGGGUGAUUUCCAGGAGAGGCAGAAAUGAGGAAACUCCUGUAGGGGCGACGACAAAAUACAAGGGCCCAAGUGCGUCUCCACUGCGCUCCAUUCAGUAA